CUAGAGUGCCAAAAAAAAAAAAAAAAGUGGCAAAGAGUCUUAGGGAGAUGAGGCUAUUUUUGUUCGAAGCUGAUACUUCUGCUGAGCCACAAGUGCUGCUUGGAAAGGGCUCAGGUUGUUUCCAGGGGGAGAACUCCGUAGAGAAGAGACAAAGUUCAACAGGACAACAAAGGAGCAGCAGAAACAACCAGUAAAACGAAGACGAAGAGCCCUCACGUUUUCUGACAGAACCCCCACCAAAGUUCUCCAAUCCAUACUCUGCGAAGUGCCACUUAACUGGAACCUUUCACCUGCCUUUUCCUUCCUCUACCCACCAUGACUGAGAUCACUGCUGAAGGAAAUGCAUCUACUACCACAACAGUGAUAGACAACAAGAAUGGCUCAGUGCCCAAGUCCCCUGGAAAAAUGCUCAAGAGGACAGUGACAGAAGACAUAGUGACAACCUUCAGCUCUCCAGCAGCCUGGCUUCUAGUCAUUGCUCUGAUAAUCACAUGGUCAGCUGUUGCUGUUGUUAUGUUUGAUUUAGUGGAUUACAAAAACUUUUCAGCAAGUUCUAUUUCCAAGAUUGGCUCAGAUCCUCUAAAACUUGUACAUGAUGCUGUGGAGGAGACUACAGACUGGAUCUAUGGCUUCUUUUCUUUGUUGUCUGACAUUAUCUCAUCUGAGGGUGAUGAAGAAGAAGAUGAUGAUGGCGAUGAAGACACUGAUAAAGGAGAAAUAGAGGAGCCUCCCUUGAGAAAAAAAGAUAUGCAUAAAGAAAAAGCUGAAAAACAGGAGAAACUUGAAAGGAAAACACAAACCAAAGUUACGCACAGAGAAAAAGAAAAAGACAAAGAAAAAAUAAAAGAAAAACCUGAAAAGAAAGCAACUCAAAAGGAAAAAACUGAGAAAAAAGAAAAAUCAGAAACAAAGGCAGUUGCAAAAGAAGAGAAGAAAGUGAAGAGUAAGGAAAAGACUGAAGAGAAGACUAAAAAGGAAGUAAAAGGAGGAAAACAAGAGAAAGUGAAGCAAACAGCUGCAAAAGCAAAAGAAGUACAGAAAUCACCUAAAUCCAAAGAGAAGGAAGAGAAAGAGACUGCAGGUGUAUCUAAACCUGACCAGAAAGAUCAGUAUGCAUUCUGUCGAUAUAUGAUUGACAUGUUUGUCCAUGGGGAUUUAAAACCAGGACAAAGUCCAGCCAUACCACCUCCAUUAGCAACAGAGAAAGAUUUCAGACCUGCUCCAGCAUCACAUAAGCUUGAAGACAAAGUCACUUUUUCCAGUUACUUUCUAAAUCCUAAUGAUAAGAUCACAUCAGUUAUCGUGAAAGUUAUGGGUCUGGAUUGGGACAUGCUGCUUUCCAUAAACAUCCAAGGAGAAUUACUGAGCAGACCUGUCUAA